GGAUUGGAACACCUGAAUCACAUUGAUAUGGAGGGGAUUGGAACACAUCUGAAUCACAUGAUAUGGAGGGGAUUUCAUGGAACAUCUGAAUCACAUGAUAUGGAGGGGAUUGGAACACCUGAACACCUGAAUCACAUGAUAUGGAGGGGAUUGGAACACACUGAAUCACAUGAUAUGGAGGGGAUUGGAACACCUGAAUCACAUGAUAUGGAGGGGAUUGGGACACCUGAAUCACAUGAUAUGGAGGGGAUUGGAACACCUGAAUCACAUGAUAUAUGGAUGAGGGAUUGGAAAAAACACCUGAAUCACAUGAUAUGGAGGGGAUUGGAACACCAGAAUCACAUGAUAUGGAGGGGA